AUGAACCCAUCAAAGGACGACGACGUUCCCACCCCUUCUUCGCCAUUACGGCGGGAACGAGCCCCUACAAUCACAAUCGAUACGUCUGCCGUCAGCUCUACGCUGAACAUUACGGAACCCGACACAGCAGUGGAAGCACCGCAGCUCGGGAAUCAGCCAGUAGGCGCGAGUAACGAUGUCGAAUCGAGGGAGGUCCAGGGCUCUCCGCCAGGCUCUCACACGGACGGCAAUUUGAGCCCUUCGACGGAGAGAGGAGAAAGAGAACCCCGGCCGAUAUCACCACAUAAUGUCUCCUCGCCAACUGCACGGUUUGCUGACCCGAAUUCACAAAACUUCCUAUCCGUUCCAGGGACGAGAUCAAGGGGGAAUUCUCUCGACUCCGAAGAUGCCAACUCACCCCAUUCGUUUGGCAGCGAGACCUGUGUCCCUUCGUCUCCAUCUACGGGUGAACACCCGGACAAGGGAGCGAUGAAAACGGGUGCAGAUGUGAGGAAUGAUCCAGAUGCCCUGAAGCCGGACCCAAACACAGAGGAUGACUUCGAGGUGGAGAACAACAAAUUCGCGUUCUCACCGGGUCAAUUGAACAAGCUUCUCAGCCCAAAGAGUCUUUCUGCUUUCUAUGCUCUUGGAGGCCUGGCAGGGUUGGAGAAGGGUCUACGAACUAACCGAUCAACAGGACUCAGCGUUGAUGAAACUGUUCUAGACGGUACUGUGUCUUUCGAAGAGGCAACCAGUGCUGGCACUCCCGAACAUACCCCAAAACCAUCUGCAAAGGUCAUGAGCAUGAAGUCUAAUGCUGAAGAAGUUUCAAAGACCAGUAAUGGAUUUGCCGACCGCAAGCGUAUUUUCAGUGACAACAGACUCCCUGCGAGGAAAACGAAGUCAAUUUGGGAACUUGCCUGGAUCGCCUAUAACGACAAUGUCCUGAUUCUUCUAUCCGUCGCCGCCGUGGUGUCCUUAGCUUUGGGUAUCUAUCAAUCUAUCACUGCCACCGGAAACGAGGCCAGAGUGCAGUGGGUCGAAGGUGUUGCAAUCAUGGUCGCUAUCGUGGUAGUUGUGGUCGUCGGAGCGGCCAACGAUUGGCAGAAGGAAAGGCAAUUCGUGAAACUGAAUGAAAAGAAAGAGGAUCGCAACGUCAAGGUCAUCCGAUCCGGCAAAUCAAUCGAAAUCUCAGUUCACGAUAUUCUGGCAGGAGACAUCAUGCAUCUUGAGCCUGGAGACAUGGUGCCGGUCGACGGUAUUUUUCUAGAGGGCCAUAACGUCAAGUGUGAUGAAUCCUCUGCAACCGGUGAAUCCGAUGUGCUUCGAAAGACUCCCGGAGACGUUGUAUAUCGUGCCAUUGAAAACCAAGAACCUCUCGCGAAACUGGACCCGUUUAUCUUGUCUGGUGCUAAGGUGUCAGAGGGUGUGGGCACAUUCCUCGUUACGUCCACCGGUGUCAAUUCGUCUUAUGGUAAAACGAUGCUUUCUCUACAGGAUGAAGGCCAAACAACUCCCCUCCAGCUAAAGCUGAAUCUGCUUGCCGAGUAUAUCGCUAAGUUGGGUCUUACCGCUGGUCUCGUCCUCUUCGUCGUCCUGUUUAUCAAGUUCCUCGUCCACCUGAAAAGUAUCCAAGGCGCCACAGCCAAGGGUCAGGCAUUCCUACAAAUUUUUAUCAUGGCGGUAACCGUGAUUGUCGUUGCCGUGCCCGAAGGAUUGCCUCUUGCCGUUACUCUUGCACUUGCAUUCGCAACAACUCGAAUGUUGAAGGAUAACAACCUAGUCAGGCUACUCCGGGCUUGUGAGACUAUGGGAAACGCAACUACUAUCUGCUCAGAUAAAACUGGGACUUUAACACAGAAUAAGAUGACGGUUGUUGCUGGAACCUUUGGAACCACAACCAACUUCAGCGUAAACAAUUCAUUAGCUCAACCCGGCGAGAACGAUCAAGCGCAAUCCACCGAGACAAACGAUGUCGCUCCCGCUGACUGUAUUGCAUCUCUAUCGCCCUCUGUGAAGGAACUCCUGCUGAAUUCCAUUGUUUUGAACUCGACAGCCUUUGAAAGUGAUGAAAACGGAUCAACUACAUUCAUUGGCUCCAAGACAGAAACUGCAUUGCUCAGCUUCGCACACGACUAUCUAGCCCUAGGAUCUUUGAACGAGGCAAGGUCCAAUGCUGAAAUCGUCCAGCUAGUACCAUUCGAUUCUGGCCGUAAAUGUAUGGCUGCCGUUGUUAAGCUCCCGAACGGGAAGUUUAGGAUGCUCGUCAAGGGUGCUUCGGAAAUUCUUAUUGGAAAAUGCACGAAAAUUGUUCCUGACCCGACUCAUGACCUGACCGAAACUGCACUCACCGAAGAGGAGCGAGUUGCAUUGGGCAGUGUGGUUGAACAAUAUGCCUCCCGCUCUCUCCGAACUAUUGGAAUGAUCUAUCGUGAUUUCGAACAGUGGCCGCCACAGGGUGCACCAACCCAGAAGGAAGACCGCCAAUUAGUGGUAUUUGAAAAAGUUUUCGACCACAUGGUGUUUUUAGGUGUUGUUGGUAUUCAAGACCCGCUUCGCCCUGGCGUGAGCGAGUCUGUCCUUCAAUGCCAGAAGGCCGGUGUUUUCGUCAGGAUGGUAACAGGAGACAAUCUCAUGACUGCAAAGGCCAUCGCACAAGAUUGCGGUAUCUUUACUCCCGGAGGUCUGGCAAUCGAAGGACCGGUAUUCAGAAAACUAAGCUCCCACCAAAUGAAUCAGGUUAUUCCACGACUACAAGUACUCGCCAGAUCAAGCCCAGAAGAUAAGAGAGUUCUCGUUGCGCAACUAAGAAAGCUAGGAGAGACAGUGGCUGUGACCGGUGACGGAACCAAUGACGCACCAGCCCUCAAAGGCGCAGAUGUCGGAUUCUCCAUGGGUAUUGCUGGAACAGAAGUCGCAAAAGAGGCGUCGGCCAUCAUCUUGAUGGACGACAAUUUCAACUCGAUCGUGAAAGCUAUAUCCUGGGGUCGGACCGUCAACGAUGCCGUCAAGAAAUUCUUACAGUUCCAAAUUACCGUCAACAUCACUGCUGUUGUGCUGACAUUUGUCUCUGCCGUGGCCAGUAACGAUGAAGAGUCUGUUCUCACUGCCGUCCAGCUGCUCUGGGUGAAUUUGAUCAUGGACACCUUCGCUGCACUUGCACUGGCCACCGAUCCUCCCACGGACACUAUUCUAGAUCGCAAGCCGGAGCCCAAGUCCUCUCCACUAAUUACCCUUACGAUGUGGAAGAUGAUAAUCGGCCAAUUUAUUUACCAGCUUAUCGUCACUUUCAUUCUAAACUUUGCUGGAAGAAGCAUCCUAAAUGUUGGUCCCACCGAAAAGGACGACAGAGUGUUCAAGGCUCUUAUCUUCAAUGCCUUCGUUUGGAUGCAGAUUUUCAACCAAUAUAACUCUCGCCGAAUCGAUAACAAGCUAAAUAUCUUCGAAGGAAUUCUUCGAAAUAAGUGGUUUGUUGGCAUCCAGUUUAUUAUCGUCGGUGGUCAGGUCCUUAUCAUAUUCAUUGGUGGCCAGGCCUUCUCAGUCGAACGUCUUGGCGGAAGAGACUGGGGUAUCUCCAUUAUCCUCGGACUCAUCUCUAUUCCUGUCGGCGUCCUCGUUCGAUUAAUUCCAGAUAGCUUCAUUCGGAUGCUCAUACCUAGCUACUUUCGGCGGAAACAGGAGAAACCACAAGUAUAUGUCUCUGAUGAGGAGCAGCGAUAUGAAUGGAACCCUGCCUUGGAGGAGAUUAGAGACCAACUUACAUUCCUCAAGAAGAUACGGGGCGGUCGAUUGAAUACUUUGAAGUAUAAGCUGCAACAUCCAGAAACUCUCAUCCCACGCUCUCGAAGUAACUCCAGAUCAUCGGUCCCACAAACGCCACAAGGAGAUGACCAGGAACAAGGAGGCAAUACUCUUCCUCCGACUCCAAGUUCUAGGAACCGUUCACGAUCGAACUCUGCCUUCGGUCCUGCUGCAGCCAUGGCUGGUGUAGUGGCAGGAAGCAUAGCAGGUUGGUCUCCCGUUGGCCGACCAGCAGGCGAACCAGAGUCGGUUAAAUUCUCAGGCACCGGACGACAUUCUGGUUUAGACCAGCAGGAAGGUAUCGAGGUCCAUCCUGGCACACGAGAGGACGACCCUAUUAUCACCGAGUACUCGCACACAAGCAAGGUGCCACCAAGCCAGAAUCCUGACCUUACUCCGGAAUUCUCUCACACUCUCCCAGAGCCAUCUGAGGGAAGAGGAAGGUCAGGUUCUCACCGUUCGAAAAUCUCAGCACGCAGCAACGCAAGCCAGAAGUGA